AUUAAUGUUUAUACGUUUUAUGUGUUUAACUAUAGUCUUUAGUUUUGUAUUUGAAUUCAAAUAAAAUUAUUUUUAUUAUUAUGAUUCUGAAUAAAUGCAUGAAUUCGUAUUUAUCUUUUUGAAAACAAAUGUUUUCUAGUAUUUCAAAUACCAUCAGUUCCGACACAGCAUACCACAUACGCCGUGACUUUAGACAAAUAACAAAACAAUAAGAAAUACAAUAAUAAUCAAGAUCAAGAGAGCUUUAAAUAUUCGAGCAAUUAACUUUUUUGUGAAAUGACAAUAGUAUUUACAAAAAAAAAAUUAUGAAAAUAAAUGCAAAUACAAAAAUAAUUGGUUCUAAAGUAAUUUUAGUACCUUAUAAAAGGAGACACGUUGAAAGAUAUCAUGAAUGGAUGAAAUCAGAAGAUCUUCGAUAUCUUACAGGAUCUGAUCUUUUGACACUUGACUCCGAAUAUACAAUGCAACAAUCAUGGCAAAAUGAUGAUGACAAAUGUACCUUUAUUAUCCUGGAUCGCAAAAAGUUUACCAACUCCAAAGAUGACGUAGUUUCAAUGAUUGGAGACACAAAUUUAUAUUUCAAUGAUCCAAAAGAAUGUUACACAGCAGAAUGUGAAAUUAUGAUUGCGGAUGUAAAUGCUAGAGGCCAGCGUAUGGGAUGGGAAGCUAUGAUACUUAUGUUACGAUAUGGUAUAGAUCUAUUAGAGGCCACUAAAUAUCGUGCUAAAAUAAAACUCGAUAAUAAAGAAAGUAUACAGAUGUUUACUAAGCUACAGUUUCAAGAGGUUGAAAAAAGUUCAAUAUGGAAUGAAGUAACAUUAGAACGAACUGUGGAUACCGACUGGAUAAAUUUUCUAAAAGACGAAACUGAUUAUUCAAUUCGUAAAGAAAAUGAUGACGUGGAAUAUUCUUGUAUAGAAAAUUCCAAUAUAGAAAAUUAAAAAAAAUUUUUAUUUAAAAAACAACUACUGAGUAUUAAUCAAAGUCGAAUGAAAGUUAAAAAAUGUUUUUAAUUACGAACGCAUAGAAGAAUCAUAAUCCCUAAAAUAAUGAAUAAUGCGUCCAUAAUAACUAUGAAAUUUCAACAAAAUGCGUUCAUGAAUCAUUUUUGGGUCUAAUGUGGACGCCUGUUUGCUACACGUGCCAAGUUAAGGUUUAAUUUGAGCUGGUAAAACUUAGUUAAAUAUUUUUUAAAAAUAUACAAUUUAAUGAUUUUUAAAUUAUUAAAAUUUAUAUAAAACAUCAGAUUACAAUAAUAUGUUAGAUGAAAAAAU